GUAAAUACAACAGGAGCGCAAAAUGGCGGAGCCACUGAACCCCGUCCACGGCCCUGCUGCCGCCCCGGAGAAAGAAUCGUUCUGCAAACCGCCUCCGCCUCCCUCUCCUCGGGACCCGUCAUGCUCUCUGUCGGCGAAGAAAGUCCGGACGGAGGAGAAGAAGCCGCCGCGAAGAGUGAACGGGGAAGGGGGCGGCGGCGGCGGCGGCGGCGGGAAUAGCAGGCAGCAGCCGCCUCCGCCUCAGAGCUAUGGCAGCCCCGCGUUGUGGAGCUUCGCGGCCGUGGCCGCCGCCGCCACCCCUCCCGGCGGCUUCUCCUUUCCCGCCGGCGCCGCCACCACUUCCUCCUCCUCCUCCUCUUCCUCUUCUUCCUCCUCCUCCUCCUCGUCCUCCUCCUCCUCGUCGUCCUCCUCCUCUUCUUCGCUCUCUCCACAACCUCUGCCCCGCAAACUGCUCGUCUCCCCGACGCUGCUUCAUGCUCAGCCCCACCACCAUCUUCUGCUCCCGGCCCCCGCUGCAGCUAACGCUAAGCCUCGGAGACCCAAGGAAAAGCGGGAGAAGGAGAAGAGGAGGCACGUCCCCGGCGGGCCGGGCGAGGCCGGAGGGGCCCGAGAGGAGAACGGGGAGGUGAAACUCCUGCAGAGAGAUAAAAUCAAAGACAAAAUUAAAGAGAGAGACAAAGAGAAGCAAAAAGAAAAAAAGAAGCAUAAAGUAAUAAAUGAAAUAAAGAAAGAGAACGGAGAAGUCAAAUUAUUGCCAAAAGGUGGGAAGGACAAACCAAAAACAAAUGCAGAAGACUUACAAAUUAAAAAGGUAAAGAAGAAAAAGAAAAAGAAACACAAAGAAAGUGAGAAAAGGAAGCGUCCAAAAAUGUAUAGCAAAUCUAUUCAAACCAUCUGCUCAGGAUUGCUUUCUGAUGUUGAAGAUCGAGAAGCCAAAGGCAUCAUAGAUGAUCAACUUAAGGAUUAUAUUGGAAAGAAUUUGGAUACCAAGAAGGAGUAUGAGUCUAAGAUACCUGAGAACAGUGAGUUUCCAUUUGUCUCGUUAAAGGAGCCUCGAGUUCAGAAUAAAAUGAAAAGGUUGGACACAUUGGAGUUCAAACAGCUCAUUCAUAUUGAGCACCAGCCUAAUGGAGGUGCAUCAGUUAUCCAUGCCUACAGUAAUGAACUCUCCCACUUGUCUCCUGUGGAGAUGGAGAGGUUUGCAGAAGAGUUUGUGGGUCUGGUUUUUAGUGAAAAUGAAAACUCUGCAGCUUAUUAUGUAAUGGGUAUUGUUCAUGGGGCAGCUACAUAUUUACCUGACUUUUUAGACUACUUUUCAUUUAAUUUUCCCAAUUCACCAGUGAAAAUGGAGAUAUUAGGAAAGAAAGAUAUAGAGACAACGACUAUGUCCAAUUUUCAUGCUCAGGUAAAAAGAACCUAUUCCCAUGGUACAUAUCGAGCUGGCCCAAUGCGACAGAUCAGCUUGGUAGGAGCAGUGGAUGAGGAAGUGGGAGAUUAUUUUCCAGAAUUUCUUGACAUGUUGGAAGAUUCACCUUUUUUAAAAUGUACACUGCCAUGGGGAACACUAUCUAGUCUAAAAUUAGAGAGUCGGAAAGAUAGUGAUGAUGGUCCUAUCAUGUGGGUACGUCCAGGAGAGCAAAUGAUCCCUGUGGCUGACAUGCCAAAGUCACCUUUCAAAAGGAAAAGAACUACCAAUGAAAUAAAAAACCUGCAGUACCUACCUCGAACUAGUGAGCCCCGUGAAAUGCUUUUUGAAGACAGGACACGAGCCCAUGCAGAUCACAUAGGACAAGGCUUUGAGCGACAGACAACAGCUGCUGUUGGAGUGCUGAAGGCUGUGCACUGUGGGGAGUGGCCAGAUCAGCCUCGUAUUACCAAAGAUGUAAUUUGUUUUCAUGCUGAAGAUUUCUUAGAGGUAGUUCAACGAAUGCAAUUAGAUUUGCAUGAACCUCCACUAUCUCAGUGUGUCCAGUGGGUUGAUGAUGCAAAACUUAAUCAGCUUCGAAGAGAAGGCAUUCGCUAUGCCAGAAUUCAGUUAUAUGAUAAUGAUAUCUACUUCAUUCCAAGGAAUGUUGUACAUCAGUUCAAGACUGUUUCAGCUGUAUGCAGUUUAGCAUGGCAUAUUCGGCUCAAGCUAUAUCAUUCAGAGGGUGAUGCCUCUCAGAAUGCAGAUACUUUGGAAGUAGGCACAUCAACAGAUCAUAUGUCGUCAGUUCUUGGACUUCAUACUGACAGCAUAAUUUGUACUGUAAGCAAAACCACCUCAGAUUCCAAUUUUCCAGACAAACUGCCUGCUAAGUAUGAAUUUCAACAGAUUAAACACGAACCUUUUUCAUCUGUAAGAAUUAAAGAUGAAACCGUGAAAAUUAACAUUCUUGAAAAAACUACAGCGCCUAAUAAUUUGGACAGCCAGAAUAUUAAAGCAAAGUUGGAUCAUGUUGAAUUUACAGAAUUUAAAAUUGAUGUGGACUCUAAAUUUGAAAAUAGUAACAAAAAUUUGAAAGAAAAAUUGUGCCCUGGAAGUCAUAUAAAUUUAGAUGACACAAGGCAGCAUAGUUCAACACAUCCAAGUUUGGAUAGGAAAGAUGAUGACAUUUUGUGCUAAAUUUGUACAUACAGUUUUAAAUUCUUUUUUAAACUUAAUGACAUAAUAAUGUAAAGAUUCGUAAAAUUUUGAAAGCAAGCCAAUGUCUUGCUCUCAUAUCUGUUACAGAAAAUAGUGGAUGUAGCUUUGUAACAUUCCUCAGUGCCUGUCCAUAACUGUGAAGUAUCAAAGCACUUAGGGCCAGAUGCACUGUAAACACUGCAGGUUUAACAUAAAGAAGUCUUUAAAUCAUUUGAGUUGUAGGUUUUAGAGUAGAGCUGACAUUAACAUAUAUAUAUAUUUUUUUGUAAGAUGAGCCAGAAUUCUUUUUGACAAUUCAAGGCUUUUCCAUAGAGCUUAUUUAUACCAGUUUUUUUUUUUCCAUUUUAAUGUGUCAGCACUGUAGUGUAAAUAGCUUUUUUAAAAAAAUCUUUUUAGUGUGAUUUUUACUGAAAUGUGAGCCACUUAAUAAAGGUUCAUAAUAACAAAUUUGUUUUAUUGUUGGGUCUGCAAAAAAGACUUAUUGAAAAUUCACUUAAAUCGUUUCAUUGAUCUAUUAUGUUUUUAUUGCUGGUGUAUCCAUUUAGAAGUGGUAAUGGAAUGCAAAUGUACUCAUUCAGAUCUAGUGAAUAUUUAAAUUCCCCACUCUGGAAAAGCAUUUUUUAAAAACCAAGAUUCAGUUAUGAGAACAUAUAUGUAUGUAUGUAUCAUACUUUGCACAAUUUUUUUUUACGUUGCUGAGUAAGAUGAGAAUUUUGAAAUGUUUAGCACUGCUAUCUGGAACACACUUUUUCAUAUUUAAAUUCAGCAUUAAGAAAAUUAGUAGGAACUUUCUGUGGAAGAUUUGGAAGAACAAGAUCUGAAACAAUGUCAUACACUAUAACUGAUGGAGUUGUGUGGCCUGCCUACAUAUUUUGUUGGCACACAGAAUUACUUAUGAUCUGCAGUAGAAACAAUUUCUUAUCGAUAGGAGUACAUAGAGUCACAAAGAGUCCUUUGUGAGUAAGAAUAUCCAAUUCCUUUAAUUUUUAUUGUAAGGUGCAAUUAAAAUCCUCAUUUAUAUUUUUCUGGAGGAGUAGGAGGAAAAUAUAUUCAAUAGUGGGAAAAUAUUAAAAUUAUAAUUAAAAUUCCAGAUCCAGGAAUGGUCAUUUGUACGUCUUCUGGUGUGGUGCCUCUUCCAUUUCAGGGUCUUGUUCCCUACUUUUGGAAGGCAAGUGACUUAGAUGAUUGACUUGGCAAAGGAAAGCUCUAGGUAGUAACUGAUUUGGAAAAAUGUCUUGGGCCCCACAUACCUAUAAUAACAUUUCAAUUACCUAUUUUCAGUUAGAAAUAAAGCUGAACUCAGAAGGAUGGGCUGUUUGUCAGAGUAACAACUGUGUUGUAACAAAUAGCAUUUGGAACUGCCACCAUUGAAAAUCAAUGACCAACUUGUUAAAUUUAAAUGAAAACUGUAAUAGGUUUUCCACCCAUACUUCCUUGCAGAUUGUUUCCAUAGCUCUUUAGUUGGCUUUGGAUGUGAAAUACUACAUUCAUCGAAGACAGAUCUUUCCUUUUAUCCAGGUUUUAUCUGUGACUAGUGCUUCCUAUUCCAGUGACCACAAGUCCCAGCUUCAUGUAUCAAGAUACCCUUUACAACUGCUGACCUUCCUAGGAAUGAGGAGAUAACUUUAAGAAAGAGAUAUGGAACUAUGAAUGACAGUUAACUGCAAAAGUGGUUUCAGUUCUGGUAGUUAGGUUAAUAGCUAGGGAGGAUAGGUUUGGGAAAGGCUGGAAUUUUAGGAGAAAUCAGUACCUUAACAAGACAAAGAGUUUAAUGAAAGAAAGGUGGUGGUAAAUUAUGAUAUUGUUAGUAUAGGCUUUCCCUAUAUUUACAGCUAAAUCAUUCUUUUCUCCUCCCUUCCAUUUCCCCCAUCUCUUGCCCCCAAAAUAAGUAUUUUGACAACUCUUUCAGGGAACAAAAAUUAACCCACCAAGACUGGAAGGGAGGAAGGAAUAACGUUAACAUGUUUUCCUGUUAAUUAUUGGGGAGAAGGAGUUGAUAUAUUUAGCAAGACUUGAUUUGAUUGUCUUUCCAAUUUUCCAAUAAGGUAGAAAUGGCUACUUAGUUCUCAUAGGUCUUUAAGUCUUAAGGUUAUAUACACUGCAAUAAAAUGCCUUUAGAUUCUAUCUCCAAAAUAUAUGAGCCUUAAAACUUUUCAACUUAUAGGAAGGCACACCUAAAAGCAGUCCAUAAUGGUUGUUUUUAAAAAAUAUAUCUUCCUGUAUAUGCUAUAGUUAAACCUUUCUGUAUUUUAAAAAUUUAAUAGUUCUGUUAAACGCAUACAUCCCUGUGGAGGUGAAAUGCAAAGAAUCAAGGGGUGCAGAGAUUCCUCUGUGGCCCUGCCACAGACUUGUACCAUGAUCAUUCCCCUUGUCUUGCUGGGGAUGGUAAUAAUGACAAAAACACCUUCUGAGUGACACAGUUUGAGAUCCUGUGGACUACAUUUUGUGGCAAAUAAAUGUUUUCACUUUUUAAUGCUUUUAAUAUGGUCUACGUACAUUCCAUUUUUUUAACCAUCAGAGUGCGUGAUUUUCUUUGCAUCCAUUUAUCAUUUCAUCAACCAUGUAAAACAUUUGAAUCGCUAAAUGUAUAAAAGAUAUUUCCUAGGUUGGUUAUAUGCUCAACUAUGGGUGCAGCAUUGUUAAAUGUUAAAUUGAUAAAUAGACCUUAGGAAAAAAUCCCAAGGCACCUUACUGGUAUCAUCUACAAAUGCCCUUUUCUGAUUUAUAUAAGUUAUAUGCCUGUAUUUCAUACUCAGGUUAGCUAACAUAAGAAUCAAACAUUUGUGGUACUUAGUUGAAAGCUUUAACAAAGCCAUAUUCAUAUCUCCCCCCCCUUUGUCAAUAAGGUUGUUGACCUCCUCAAUAAAGAGAGAUUAGGUUGGUCUAGCACA